AUGAGUGAGCCCGAGAAGAAGCUCACCAAGAAACAGCUCAAGGCUCUUGAAUUCAAGAAGAAGAAAGAUGGACUCGAAGAAUCAACGAUAAAGAAGGAAAAAAAAGACAAUGUCGACGAAGUUUAUGCACCAAUAUCAGCUACUGAAUUGAAAAAGGCGGACGGUAGUACCGACAAAGCUGAAAAAAAGAAGCGCAAGCGAGAGGCCGAGGAGACUGAAUCAAGCGGCGACAAAGAUAAAUCAUCAUCUAAAUCAUCCAAGAGCAAGGAUAAGAAAGACGAUAGUGAAAGUAAGAAGAUCAAGAAGGCCAAGAAAGCCAAGAAGUCUAAGAAAACAAAAACCGAGUCUGGUGAAGGUGAGGAAGCCACCGAGGCCAGUAAACCCGCUAAUCGAUAUAUUGUGUUUAUUGGCAACCUGCCAUAUGACUGUAAUGCUGACGAGCUGACACAGCAUAUUAAAGCAUCGGCUCCAGCUGCUGUUCGACUACGAAAAGGAUUUGCAUUUGUCGAGUUCAACGGAUCCGACGCUACAACGAAACUCAACGUAGCACUCCGUCUGCACCAUACCGUGUUCAAGAACCGCAAGAUUAAUGUCGAACUCACUGCUGGCGGCGGUGGAAACACCGCAGCCAGAAGACAGAAAAUUCAGGAAAAGAACGAGAAACUCAGAGAAGAACAUGCUCAACGUAUAGCCCAAGAAGCAAAGGCUGCUGCUGCCAAGAAAAAGGUCUCUGGCGAAGCAGACGCUCCCUCUGGCCCGGCUCCUUCAAUCCACCCAUCGCGUCUUCGCUUAAUGGAAUAA